CGGAAUCUUUUCAGGGGAGCACAGGCCGCCAUAUAGGGCAGCGAUUGUUACGUGAACGCGGAAGGUAUACGGCUGUUGCGUUAAAAGUCCAAGUGAAUUUGAUCCAAGUUACUGUUUAACAUUAAAGAUGCGUUACGAGCUUGCGGACUCCACGGGCUGAGCUUCUAAUCCGGGGAAAAAUGGAGGCGAGGUUCGGCAGCGAAGUAGCGUCGAUCGUGGAAGUCGCCGUCCAGGCGGUGGUGUCGGUGUUCAGGGAUGUCUGGGCGAGAGAGGCGCCCCACACGCAGUGGGAAGAGGCGAAGUUCGGCCAAGUCCAGGAGAUAGAGAAAAGUCUGGUGGUUCAGAUCCACAAAGUGUUCACGGAGUUCUCCUCGGAGCUGUUUGAGGAGAACGAGGCUCUGCGGGCCAAAGUGGAGCAGCUGGAGGACGUGCUGCAGAGGAAAGCCGGGCAGCUGGAGCAGGAGCUGGAGGCCAGAGUGGGUCAGCUGGGCAGAGAGAUGGAGCAGCUGGAGAAGGAGCUGAAGAGCAUCAGUGAGAGCAGCAACAAGACUCAGGGAGGUCCGACCCACAUCCUGCUGCAGGACGGCUCACUGAUAGGAGCUCCAGUGCUGUCAGUCUGCACCAGUCAAGCUUCCCCAAAACCUGCGGCCCCUCUGGAUGCUGCAAAGGAGUCCACCCCAGACCCUCCAGCAUUUUCAGCUCAAAGUGAAGCCAUUCCCGGCCCCACGGCUGAACCUGUGACUGUCCCUAAACCGGCAGUAGCCCCGAUGGUGUUUGUUGGCGGAGUCAGCCCGGCUCCCACGGUGCUGUUGGUGGGUGCCAGCCAAGUCGUCACCCGGCCCCCCACGCCGUCGUCGGCCGCCCACGAAACGGCGGGAACCACGCAGCUCAUCCUCAAGCCGGCAGCCUCGCCAGGAUCUACGCCUCAAGACGCCCCCAGUCCAGACUCCGGCGCCGUCGGUGGCCUGGACUCGGCGCAGGAAAAGAAAGCCGUGGAAGAGGCACUUCCAGGGAGAACAAGGAGGACAAGGAGAGCAACUUUUAAAAUUGAAAAAGUUUCCACUGGCAACAGCGCUGAAGAGAAUAAAAUCAACUCCGGUGAAAGGCUUAGAAAGAAAGAGUCCCGGACGGUGAAGCGUUUUUUCUGUGAGCAUUGUGACGUCGGUUUUCAUUGGAAAGGUGAACUGAACAAACACAUGAAGGUCCACAAGAAGCCGUUUCCAUGCGACCAGUGUGACAGAAGUUUCCUGGAAAAGAAGUCUCUGGAGAAUCACCUUUUGCGUCAUGAGGCGAGCAAAGCCCCCCUGCCCUUCCCCUGCCCUCGGUGUAAAAGAUCGUACAGAAAAGAGCAGUCGCUUCAGAAUCACCUCAAGCGUCACCAGCGGAUGAAACCGCCAAAGCCGUUUGCCUGCGAUCAGUGCGGGAAAACUUUCCGAAUCAAGCAGUCUCUAGAAAACCACCUCUUGCGCCACGAGAAAUGGAAGCAAAUGCUGAAGUGCCAGCUUUGUGACAAGACCUGCAAGACAUCUGUCCAGCUGAAGUGUCACAUGGCCGUACACUCGGAGGAAAGACCGUUCAGCUGUGGGACGUGUGGGAAGGAGUUCAAGAGUAAGGACACGCUUCGGUUCCAUCAGAUGGUUCACACCAACACCAAAAAAUACAAAUGCACAAUGUGCGACGAGACGUUCAAAUAUGCCCACUCCCUGACGGUGCAUAAGAGGAAACACACAGGCAUCACUCCGUUCGUGUGCACUGUGUGCAACAGGUCGUACAGGACCGGCACUGCUCUGAAAAGACACAGCGUGGUCCACACGGGUGAGAAGCCCUUCACCUGUCACAUAUGCGGCGCGAGGUUCAGCCUGAACAACAAUCUCAAGAGGCACCUUCGCAUUCACACGGGGGAGAAGCCGUUCACCUGUCAGGAGUGCGGCAAGAGCUUCUCGGACAACAACAAGCUGAAGUCCCACAUGCUCAUCCACGGUGCCAGAAAGCCUUUCAUGUGCGAUCUGUGCGGGAAGACCUUCCUCUUCAACUGCAGGCUGCUGAUACAUCAGAGGUACGUGCAUGCCGACAGGAAUGAGGAGGCAGACGGCACGCAGCGAUUUUUCCAGACUAGACGACGAAACAAGUCUCUGGUCAAACCGUUCAGUUGCAAAAUAUGUCUGAGAGGUUUCAGCGCCGCGUGUUCCCUCAAACUUCACGAAAGAGGCCACAGUGAGCACAAGGAGUACAACUGCGGCAUAUGCGGGAAGUCUUUCCAUAACAAAUACUCUUUCGGCUAUCAUCAGAGAAGCCACUCGGGGGAGAAGCCCUUUGUUUGCGACGUGUGCGGGAAGAGAUUUUUCCACGCCGGCAGUCUGAAGCAGCACGAGCGCAUUCACACCGGCGAAAAACCGUACAAGUGCGACCAGUGCGACAAGGCCUUCAGAACGGACGGGAACUUCUACAGGCACCUGCGGAUCCACACGGGCGAGAAACCGUUUGAGUGUUUGUACUGUCACAGGAAGUUCCACCAGUCCAAUCAGCUCAAGUCCCACCUGCAGGUCCACACCGGGCAGAAGCUCUACUCGUGCCAGCAGUGCGGCCGCGGCUUCUCCGAUUCAAGGCAGCUGAAGAAGCACAGCUGCGACGGGUCAUAGGUUGAUGUGGCCACCAGUACGCUCAGCCGAUCGACGAAUGGGAGAACCUGUGCGAACCUGAUAAAGUCAUAAAUGAAGCGAUAUGUUGUGUUAAGGGAAAGAAAAUUACUUAGAAAAUUACUAAAUAUUUCUCGUCUGAACGAGCGUGACACUGACAAAAAUAACUCAUCUUUGUAAUCUGUUGUUGAGAGCUGGUGUAGUUCACUCUAUUUAAAAGCAAUUGAUCUGUUCUAGUUUUGAAAAUAUGUUCAGUUGUCGCAGUUAAGUGAAAAUACAAAACGUUUGCUUGUGAUAGCUUCACAGUGGCAAAGGGGUGCUUGUUUGUCCUCGUAGUAGUUUAACACUUCAGGGCUCUGCUAACUCGCACUUGCCAUUACUCUUGAUCUAUUAGAUUUAAGGGAUUAAACAAAAGCAUUUAAUAAAGAUUUUGAUUGUGUGAGUAGUGGCAGCUCUGCUCUCAUCCAGAGUACUUACAGUAGAGGUGAGCAGCAUUGUUCGUGGCAUUUAUAGCUCGUUUUUUUCUUUUCUUUUUCUUUUUUGCUUCAGUAACCUCAGCUGUUGAAUUCAUGAAAAACAGAUGGGGCCGUUUACCUUUUAUAGGACAUGGUGGCCGUUUAAAAAAAAUCUCAAAGUCACAUGUGUGAAAUGGAGCUAUUGAGGUAAUAGAGGUAAGACGCCUCUGCAGAUAUUGUGAAGGUGAUAAAUGCCACUAGAAUGCCAACUUUCUGUUUUAGGAAGAGUUAGGAACCGAACCUUUUUCUCUAUUACAAGUUGAGUUGAUAUUGAAGUGAAGAUCAAGGUAAUUUUUUGUUAUAUUUGUACUAAUUUAUGUUUUGAGUUCACAAUAAUCAAACAGAAUGCCACCAAGAUGUAAUUAUUUUCAAAGUAAAAAUCUAACUUGUAACUUGUACAGGUCUACACAAUCCGGCGGCGAGUAAACUAUUUUUCGUUCGUCACUGCAAUUAAAGAAAAUUUGCAAUCGAA